UGCUGUUGCACUUUUUUUUUGGGUUGCAUUUUGGCAUCAAAGGUUUUGGUUUGCUAAGGAGCAUAAAAGAUUCCUACUUUGUUUUUUCAGCUGUGGAUGAGACUCAUUUCCAGCUCUGUUUUUAUAGCUUUUCUUCUCUAAACUUUCCAUUUUCCUAUCAGUUUUCAUUUCAUUCUGCAACAAAUUCAUUCCCAUCGCUCUAAGGCUUAAGCUACUCUCAUGGCUUCAUCUUUAUCUCUUCUUCAAGUUCCCUCCUUUAUCAACCAUCAUUCUUAUAGAUUGAGGUCCACACCUUCCUCAUCCAAAAAUUUCGGGAAUUGUCAGUUUGCUGUAAUCAGUUGCUCGUCUUCCAAUGGGAGAGAGACUGACUCGGUCGCCAGCGCUGUCAAGAAAGUAGAGCAGCGGAUUGAAGAGAAACGGCGAGCCGAGUUGUCUGCUCGAAUUGCUUCUGGAGAAUUCACUGUGCGCCAGUCUGGUUUUCAAUCUAUAUUAAGGAAUGGUUUAUCGAAACUGGGCAUUCCUGAAGAGGUUCUGGAAUUUUUAUUUAAGUUGACUGGUACUCUUGAAGAUUAUCCCGAGAUUCCAACGGCUAAAGGAACAAUUAGUGCCAUACGGAGCGAGGCUUUCUUCCUGCCUCUGUAUGAACUUUACCUAACUUAUGGUGGAAUUUUCAGGUUGACCUUUGGACCAAAGUCAUUCUUGAUCGUUUCUGAUCCAUCCAUAUGUAAACAUAUAUUAAAAGACAAUUCAAAGGCUUAUUCAAAGGGUAUUUUGGCAGAAAUUCUAGAAUUUGUCAUGGGGAAGGGACUCAUACCGGCUGAUGGAGAAGUAUGGCGGGUUAGACGGCGUGCAAUUGUACCUGCACUGCAUCAGAAGUAUGUUACAGCUAUGAUCAACCUGUUUGGAGAAGCUACAGAUAGGCUUUGCAUGAAGCUCAAUGCUGCUGCAUUCAAUGGAGAAGAUGUGGAGAUGGAGUCACUCUUUUCCCGUCUGACAUUGGAUAUUAUUGGCAAGGCAGUCUUUAACUACGAUUUUGAUUCAUUAACAAAUGAUACUGGUAUAGUUGAGGCUGUUUACACAGUUUUGAGAGAAGCUGAAGAUCGAAGUGUUGCACCUAUUCCAUUAUGGGAAAUCCCAAUCUGGAAAGACAUUUCACCACGGCAGAAGAAGGUUACUGCUGCUCUCAAAUUGAUCAAUGAAACGCUUAAUGAUUUGAUAAUGAUAUGCAAGAGAAUGGUAGAUGAAGAGGAGCUGCAGUUUGGUGAAGAAUACAUGAAUGAACAAGAUCCUAGUAUACUACACUUCCUUUUGGCAUCAGGAGAUGAUGUUUCUAGCAAGCAACUCCGUGAUGACUUGAUGACCCUGCUUAUAGCUGGGCAUGAAACAUCUGCUGCAGUUUUGACAUGGACAUUUUAUCUUUUGUCGAAGGAACCUAGUGUCAUGGCAAAGCUCCAAGAUGAGGUUGAUACUAUUAUUGGAGAUCGGUUUCCAACCGUAGAAGACUUGAAGAAACUAAAGUAUACAACUCGAGUAAUUAAUGAGUCACUCCGGCUCUAUCCACAACCUCCGGUCUUAAUUCGCCGUUCUAUUCAGGAUGAUGUGCUUGCACAGUAUCCCAUAAGAAGGGGUGAAGAUAUUUUUAUUUCUGUUUGGAAUCUUCAUCGUAGUCCACAUCUGUGGGAUGAUGCCAAUAAAUUUAAUCCCGAAAGGUGGCCUCUAGAUGGUCCAAAUCCAAAUGAGACUAAUCAAAAUUUCUGUUACCUGCCCUUUGGUGGAGGACCACGGAAAUGCAUAGGGGACAUGUUCGCUUCGUUUGAGACUGUAGUAGCAGUUGCAAUGCUUGUUCAGCUAGAUUUCCAGAUGGCAGUAGGAGCUCCUCCAGUAAAGAUGACAACUGGGGCAACAAUCCAUACCACGGAAGGACUAAAGAUGACUGUUUCACGAAGAAUGAAACCUCCUAUUGUACCAACUCUGGAGUUGCCUGCAUUAGAGAUGGAUACAUCUGGGGGAAUUCCAGGAGACAAGCAACUCGAUUUGAAAGGUGAUGUUUCUGCUGCUCAUUCUUGAUCAUUGUGCCCCUGCUGCACUUUUUUCAACUGCUUGGCGUGUCCGUGAGGGAAAGAGUAGCACAAAGGAAAA